UAUAGCGAUUGAAUAUUAGAAUCGGCGAAGGACAAGAUUGUCAAAGAAUUUUCCCGGAGAGACGCUGUUCCAAAUAUAUAUUUCCUCCCAUUUGAACAACAAAAAUGCUUUUAGGAACGCUUCAAAUCUGCAACGAAGAGCUUAGGGCGGAAGAGAUCAAGGAAAUUUGCGAUUCUCUCAACGACAACAGCAUUCGAAGCCUCUCUCUUCGAGGUUGCAAAGUUCAUGAUGACGAUUUUAAGAAACUGAUGGAGAGUUUGAAGGAAUGUGAAUCGUUAGCUCAACUCAAUUUAAACCUCGGUGUAUGCAAUGGAAGGCAUAGGAUAAAGUGGCUCUCUGAAGCUUUGGCUGUCAAUAAAUGCCUCAGUUCAUUGUUGUAAGUAUUUAUAAAAAGAUAUGACACUUAGCUCUUGACCUGUAUAUAUAGCAUUUGUCUUCUUUUAAUUACCAAAUGUUCAUGUUUGUACAGUGAAACCUGUAUUAAGCGGACGCCCUCAGGGAAUGCUGUAGUGUCCCCUUAAUGCAGGGUGUCCGCCUAAUACAGGUUUCAAUAGAUAACGUCAUAUGAGGUGUCAAAUGCCAUUCAAAUGAACAGUAGAAACGUUUAGAAUACUCCUAUGAUGAGACUAUGAUGAUAUAUGUUGGCAAUAAUUUCUUUAUCAAAGUGGACUAAUUGAUCACAGUACCAUAAACAUAGAUUGCAGCUCAAAUUUGAAGAAAUCAGAUGAGUGAAACAAGCUCUGUACAAAUAAAAUGAAAUAGAAAACAAUACUGUACUGUGAAACUAAUCAAAUAAGUUUGUCAAGUCACGUUUUUUAAUGUAAAAUCGAAAAAUUUGUGUGUGGCAAUUCGAGGCAAUCUUUCGAAUUUCUGGUGUCUGGCAUGUUGGGUGGUGGAAUUUAAUAAUUAUUAUUACAAGUGUCCGUUUAAUACAGGUUGGCAACAAAAUAGAAAUGACCAUUUUAGGUACUUUUUAGGUGUCCGCAUCUGCUUAAUAGAGGUGUCCGCUUAAAAAAUGUUUCAUUUUAAGUAAAUAAGGGAAAUAAAUUUGGGGGCCUUGGCUACCGUCCACUUAAUAGAGGGUGUCCGCUUAAUACAGGUUUCACUGUAGUUGGUAAAAUGCCGUUAACAACUAGGACAAUUAGGUAAAAUUGGGCUUUGGCCUUUUGUGGGUACCCAGCUCUCGCUUAUACAGCUAUUUCAAGAACGGUCGUCGGAAAAAGUGCAUGAGACAAAGGCAAAGGCAUUGUGGGUAGUUUUAAGUUGACUAUUCCUCACAGAAAUUUAAAAGAAUGGCACAAGAGGUCAUGGGCGUAUCUUUAUGAGUGCUAAAGGAAAGUAAGAAAAGUAGGUUCGACAGUUACAAUGUCAGGAACAGUGUAUUGAUCAUAAUCCCAUAUUACCUUUCGGGAUUGUCGCAUGCACUUUUUUCCGACAACCUUUCCCGAAAUAGCUGUAGAUGUUAUAGUUAAUUUAUUUUAUUUCAGGUAAUUUUUGUUUUGCUUUUGUUUUUGGGUAUGUUUGUAUAAUAUGCUAAUGAACUUGAGUCAAAGGAAAAGUAUAAAUUACUUGAGAUAAAAAAUUUACUACAACAUAUUUAUUAGGCUGCGUCAUUCACACAUGUACAGUACCAGAUGAACUUUCGACUGUUUGAAAAUUGGAGUGUUUAAAUUUUCUGUUCGCGUGGAACCACCCUAACCAUGCAAAACUUUAGAUGCCUAGCUGUUCAAAUAUUUUAGUGCAAAGAUGAGGUCAAAUCCAAAUUUUUGAACAGCAAAGGCACAGGGUGCUUAGUUACUCAGUGGGUAGAGGGCAUUUUGGAUUUGCCAACGUAGUGCUUUAGGCAUGGGCAGAUUGUAAAACUACUGACAAAUCUGCUUCGUCAGUUAUGUCUUCCUCAAUAACUGAGGAAAAGUACCAAAUACUAUUAUUGUUACUUUCAUAGAGAUAAAGGGGUGCAAGAGCCAAAGGUCCAAACAGCCAGAGCUUAUCCCUGUUUCAUUAGCAUGAAGCACCUAGGAGUAUUACUACUCCCCCUGGACGGGAUGCUAGUCCAUCGCAGGGUUACCCCCCAGCAGUAUGUCACCCGUACCCAUUUAUACACCUGGGUGAAGAGAGACAAAGUGGAGUAAAGUUCCCUGUCUAAGGAAACAACGUGACGGGCGAGGCUUGAACCCUGGACCUCCAGAUCUGGAGUUCCAUGGUGUUAACCACUCAGCCACACAUGCCUCCUUCAUGCUAAGUGCAAAUUAAGUGUGUAUCUUAAGACCAAAAGAGUUGUUCCAGUUGUCGGGUAUAAUAAACAUAAUUAAGAAACAAGCACCCAUAUGACUUCUAGUGAGCUGCUAGAUUCUCCUUCCAAAUUGCCUUUUAAUUGCUCAUGAAACAAUUAUGGGGAAUUUGAUAGUGCAUCCAAAGUCAUGAUAAGGCCUUAUUCCUUGCACCCCUCCAAACUAUAAUGAGCUCCAGUCAGUGGUCUUCAGUGUAUGCUUAACGAAAGCUGAUCUUGAAUAUUUCAAAAAAAUUUUGUUGUAGCUUACAUGGUACAUCUCUUGGUGAUGAAGGUCUGGAAUGCCUUAUGCCUGCACUACAAGCCCAUCCUAAACUCCAAUCAUUGGACUUUGGUGAUUGUCAGUUAGGAGAUGAGGGCAUAAGACAAAUAUGCACACUCCUUCCUCCAAGUGAAGGAAGACAAGGUUUACUGGACCUCACACUGUCAGCUAACCCAAGUAUUUCACCCCAGGGCUGGACGCAGCUUGCUAUUGCCAUAGCUGCCAAUUCACAGCUGUGCUUCCUUUACCUUGACUACAACAACAUUGGCGAUAAUGAAGCUCGUGUGCUUUCAGUUGCACUGGCAGCCAGUUCAACAUUAGAAAGAGUCGACUUGGAGGGUUGCAACAUCGGUGAAAAAGGUGGAGAAAUGUUUUUCACCGUCCUUGCUAAUUAUCCAACAAGAAUGGUGGAACUUGUUUUGACAGAAACUGGCGUAAGUGCUGACUUAAUUGGUCAAAUUAAUGACUGUUUAAACCAAAAAAUGCAAGACUCUGAGGAACAAGAGAGUUUGGACAAAUCUGCUGAAGGGGAAGAAAAGAGCAAGGAUGCAGCAUAA